AUGAGUAAUAUUCCUCCAGACUUUGAAGAUAUUGAGGGCCAAAAGCGUGUUAGAGCAAUUUACUUAAACUCGAUUGCAUCUGCAAUCGCAAAUAACUGCAAAUCUCAAAUUGUUACGAUUAAAAAACCAAAUGAUUCUAUAGCAGAGCGUAUUGCACAAGAAAUAGUAUCCGAAUUCAUUCUUUCUCAUUCAAUGGAGAACGCAGGCAAUAUUUUGGAAGCAGAAUCUCAAAACCAAAUUAGAGUUCGACAUGAUAUCAGCUGGCUCGGCAGAAAAUUACAAUUAGACGAUUCAUCUGCAAUUGUUCCUCAGCUUGUCGAAGCUAUUUGUCCACAAAAUCACACAACAACUGUUGAAGAUGAACAACCAACACAACGUCAACACUUACAUGUUCGUGUGAAGAAAGAUUCAAAUGGAAACAUCAUAGAGAAUCCACACGAAGUCCUCAGCAGACCAGAUGCGAUCAAAAGAAUUCGGAAAUCAGAUCUUCAAAGCGAACAAGUACUUACAACAAAAGAUGUUGAUGAUAUCUCACUACCAAGUGAAACGCGCCAUAGUCAUCACUCUCAUCAUAGCCAUAAAGGCCACCAUCAUCAUCGCCAUCAUCGCGAGGGCUACGGCCAAGGUUUGACACAAUACUACGAAGAGCAAGAGAAUAUAUUUACACAACUCGAACCAGAAAUACCAGAAGCAAACAUUGCCGACGCACAUUACGGAUUAUCAAAAGAUAAAGCAUCCCAAAUUGCCAAACCACAACGUCCAUCAUCAAGAUACGUUCCUUCCUCACCAGGAGGCAGUUCUGCAUCAUCACAAUCCCGCUAUGCCGAUCAUCGCCGUCAUCAUGAUUCUGAUGACCGAAAUCCAGUGAUGAUUGUCUCCAAUCUUCCACCCCCUGAACCAGAAGGUCCAUUAGGAACUCCUCACCACCGCAUUCCUAAGAUCUUUGACCCAACAAUGGAGCCAGAAUCGACAUGGGAUGUUUUAGAACAUCCAGAGAAAGAAGAAAGUCUCAUAAGGAAAUGUCCUUUCGACGAACGAAUCAACAGAUUGCUUUCUGAGAAUCCUAACUAUCCUGCACCUCCUAUGCCUCAACAAGUUCCUCUUUCGUCAGCAAUAGAAAGACAGAACCAACUGCAAUCACUUACUAAAUCACAGUUGGUUGAAAAAGUUGUUUUGAUGCAGGAACAGCAACAAUUGUUGCUUCAACAGAUGUCACAACUUUCUUCACAACAAGGUUCGUCAUUUGCUGGCUCAUUGAACCUCCAGAAACAAGGAGAAAACAGUUCGAUAAUGAGAGCACAAAUUGACAAAUCUUCACAGAAAUCAAUCAGUUCGAUGAAGAGCGACAGCAACAGAAAUUCCGCUCAUUCUACAAAUACAGAGAAAGAUGAUGAUGAACAGUCAAAUCAUUCAAUGAAUAGCGAGAAUUCAUCAAAUGCUGCUUCUCCAGAACCAUCUAACAAGUCAGACAACGAAUCAGUUCAGCCAGAAUCGAAGAAUGACGAAGAUGAGGAGGAAGAAUACGAAUACGAAGAGGAGGAAGAAGAGGAAGUUGUUUAUGAAUACGAAGAUUAA